AUGCCUUUCUUGUGCCGGCGCGCGGCUGCGGUCGCGCAGGCGCCGCCGGCCGCGUCGCCGCCUUCACCCGUGGUGGCGGGCGGCGGUGGGGCCAAGGGGGGGCGGCGGCUGCGCCACGGCGGCCCUGCUGCUAAGGAGCGUCCCUGCGACGAGGCGGACUGCAGGCCGCCGGCGCUCCGCGUUGCUCACGCGUGGCCCUGCUACCGCGCCGCGCUCGUGCCGAGCACCACCACCGGCAAUGACCUGCAGCUGCUCACUGCAUUCGGCCUAGCUUCGCUCCUGCUGGACUGUUUCCGCCUGACGUGA